GCUGCUGCUUUUUUUUUUCCUUUUUUUUUUUUUUUUUUUUGUCUCUGGCUGUGACAAGGACAAGGGGAAUUGCUACUAAAUAAUGUUUCUGUACGAUGAGCUGCCCCACUACGGCGGGAUGGACGGAGUAGGGGUGCCGGCGUCCAUGUACGGGGACCCCCACGCCCCCCGGCCGAUCCCCCCGGUGCACCACCUCAACCAUGGGCCGCCGCUCCACGCCGGACAGCACUACGGCGCCCACGCCCCGCACCCCAAUGUCAUGCCGGCCAGCAUGGGCUCCGCUGUCAACGACGCUCUGAAGCGGGACAAGGAUGCGAUUUACGGGUAGGUGCCUCCGGGCCGCCCGGCGCC